AUGUCCACACGCGCAAUCAAAUACAUCUAUUACCAUAUUGUUCACCCUCCAAUGCUGCCUCAGCACAAUGAGACAGAAGCUUCCGACCAGGAGGAGCCAUUGGAGCGGGAGUUAUAUCGGCUGGUCUCAAGCACCCUGGAAGAUUUUGCUAGUAAUUGUCCACCAGAGUCAACGGGACCCUGGAACAUCACGAUCAAUAUGCUAAACCUUUGGAUGUCGACUGUAAAAGGAGGCACUCUAUGCGAAGAUACUUUGAGAGAUGCCCUCUCUAAUAUACGAGUUCACGGGGCUGUGGCGCUUCACAUCCGGGCUCAGAACUGCGGCUGGCUGGCCUACUAUGACCAGACUGGCGACAAGUUGAUUUUCGAUGCAUUUGAAGCAUCCCCCCGUGCAGCAGAUGUUUUAUCUGCGGAGGGGAGUCUUCUUCGGCAAUUCCCUGGGUUGAGCGUGGCUGUCCCAGCCUGUGUAGUUGACGAGCCGAAGUUCUGCUCCUGGUUAGCAGGAGAGAUUGGUCGCCUCUCUAGCGAGACGGUGGACAAGAUGGUCCCCACUACUAGGAAAGCAGGAGCACAGGCUCUUGAGGAGCGCGACACCAUCCAUCCUGGAAUGGUCACUGAAAACCUCAUGAUCCAGCUUCUAGCACGAGGGAUCUACAACAAUUGGCCGUCCUUUGACAAGCACAUGCGCGAUGAGGUCAACUGGAGAAAUAGUAGACUUCCCUGGAGACGAUCUCCCCUUUGGUUCGUGAUACGAGUCACACUACAGACUGUUCUUCAACGCGCUUUCGGCGAUAUCGAGGGGCAUCGCCAAUAUAAGAAUUUCAUGCUCUACCUCGUUGCCCAAAUCGCCCUGAAUACCAACGUCAUGCCAAGCGCCCUCUGCGCUGAUCAGCUACAGGUGAUCCGGUUCAAGAUCGCUCGUCGUAUCAGCAAACUCGAUGAUAAGGUCGACAAUUUUGUGGCGCAACGUGCACUCUCGGCAGAAAGAGCACUUAAGACCAGAUUGGCAGACAUUCAGAUGAGAUUCAGGGAAAGUGACUCGAUUAUCAUUCCAGAAAGAUUUGUGUGCACUCCGCAAGAUUUCCACUUGACACUUUCUCAAUCGACUACCGUUCUUGCGGCAGCAAUGUCGCCAGGUCCUACAGUUGUGAGAAUCCCGGAGUUUGAUCCUCAUGGCCAGACUCGCGACCAACGUGAUCAUCACGGCCUUCCCAUACCAAAGGAACGUGACCUCAUCUCCGUUUUGGACUUUGAGCGUUGGGUCGAAUACGAUAUGGGUGCCUGGGCUGAAACAGUGAUUCCAUCAGGGGACUCCAUUUGUGCGAUAGCGGAUCGAUUUGGCCAGUAUGACAAAUGCGCGACUGAACUCUUCGCGGGUAACCCUGAGGCAAUGUCAGUCAUGCGACUAACCCAGUUAGAGUUAUGGGUUACCUUUGAUCGCAUGUGUACCGCAGUGUGUCCGCUUCUAAAAAAGUAUUCUCCCGAGAUCCCGGUCAAUUUUCUCGAGCCACUGCUCUUACCACACCGUUGCCAGAUGCGCAGAGCAAAAGAGAUCGAGAAUUAUAUUCGCGUCCGGCAUCGGGACCAAAGAUGUGGUUCAAUAUAUCGCGAUCCUGGGAGCGAAAGCUUUGCGGUCUCAUAUUACGAAUUGUCUGUUAAACUCCCGCCACUGCGGCAAGAGAUGGAGCAGUAUGCCCAGGGCCAACUGAGGGAAAAAGAAAUGGAGUGGAACCUAAAAUCAAGUAAAUACCGCGAGCUGUACGCUCAAGCUGCACAGCUCGAACACGAUAUGGAGCUGAACUCGCGAGGACGCUAUAGCUGCGUGCGGUCAUGUAGAAAGUGCUCAUAUGUGGAACAGGCCGAGGACAUCACUAUUGAGAGCUAUGAAUGGCCUCUUCCGAAUGAUGAAAGCAGUUUGAGGUCUGUGCUGUUUGAGCUAGUCUGUCCCCAUUGGUUUGCGGCAUGGCGCGAUUUGACCUGGAAAAUCGUCCAGGACUUUGGUCGACGUGAACUGAAGAAAGCGCAGGAUAUGGAGCAGAAUCUGCUGAAUUAUAGUGGGACCCACAGGUUUGCCGUCAAGUGGGGCCAGCGCCUCACUCUAGGUUCGAAGACAAAGUCAUGGCGACGGACCCAUUACAAUUGUCGAACAUUUCCGGUGGACUUUCAGGAAAUUAAUCGACCGUAUCCCUUUCAACUCCGGCUUCUUGACAGCGACAGCAGCGGGAAUGGCUGGGUUACUGACCAGACAGAGUCUUCAACUGUCAAACCAUCGUGCACGCUUCGUCUCCCACAAGGGCGCUAUUCCAAUCUUCAAUAUGCAGUGGACUCUUUCCGACACACCCAGAACCAGGUCCUCGCGGACCAAGCGCACUGCCACCAGUCACUGAGUUUGCACGAAUUCGUUGCUUUUGGCUGCUUGCGCGCGGGUGAACGUGUACAAUGGCUCAACAUCGUGCGUGAGCUCGCAUCCCCCACUCUCUCGUUGAACGAAGAGUCCGUUGGCAUUCUCAUCCGCCAGGCGGCAUGGGAGCUAGGCACACCUAGCAAGAGCACGGAGUUGAGAGAGGCCCACCGCGUCUUCGAGGACGAGUCUUUCAGCGAGUGUCUACUGGAGACUCUGGAACGCCGGCUCGACUCUAUUGAAGCAAAUUGGAAUGAGCAUCAUACUCUGGAAACGCUGAUCGUCCUUGCACUCCGCACCCUCAGCCUGUCUGAAGUAGGUGUUGUAGUCGAGCGGGCGGCUGCGUUUUUAUGUCGCAGCCGGCAGGUCACAAUGCAGUGGAUAGGGAGCCUCAUCACUACUCUAGAUUCACAGACAGGCGUACGGGGUCAUGCGCAGCAGCAAUUACUCGUUCGGGUCGGAGGAAUCUGCCAGCUCACGUAUGCCGUCGAGUCGCACCUUGUCCCGAUACUCUUACGCAGCGCGGAGGAUCUCUCCCAUCUCAUCCGCGCCUCCGUUAUUGUCUUUGAGAGUAUGCCACCGGAGAUGAGGGGGAAUAAUCCGACAGCGACUGUUGCGUGGGUGCAGACCUCCAGAAUUCUGCACCGUGUCGAAGCACAUACGCGUCAGCUGAUCCAGCAAGAUGCAUCGGGCCUCAACUAUGCAAUUCAAGAAAGUGUGCCGAACACGGCCAUUACUACCCCGUGGAGCUUCGGUCACGGUAGCUUGACCCGAUGGGCGAUAAAUCAGUUAGCGCCCGAUGGAGUGCGACAGAAGCAGCAGGUGCGGUAUGAUUUGCUCAGCGGCGAGCUCCUUGUCGAUAAUUCCCCCCCUGGCCGUCUUCCGGAGAGCUAUACGCAACAUCCGACCUUUCGACGUCUUUUUGGUUUGGUUCAUUUCGGAACAGAAGAAGAUCGUCUGGUUAUCACGGCUCAGCAAGGCAGCCAAGUGCUCCGAUUUAUUCCAUACGACCAGCUCAUUGGCGACUUUUCCAAGUGUCUACUUCUCGAUUAUGCGCACUGGCUCAACCUAGAAGACAAAACGCUAGAAUUUCGUCCGGUGGCACAGGCGUGGCAAUCUGAUUCCGGUAACUGGCGUCUGUCGAUGAGCCUUACAGGUGCAGGACCGGCGGUUAUGAUGCGAUCCCGUUGCAUCAUGGUUGACAUACACAGUCAGCUUUUCGCACAACUGUCCAAGGUCCUGGUGGCAUUGGACAAGCCGGAUUAUAUGAUCGCGUAUCAGACACCCGAAAACAUGGUCGUGGUAGAGUUGGCCAGGGUACGCUUGCGGUUUUUCGUUAACAGAGAAGGAUUGUUGGAAGCUCCGGAGCUUCAAGCCACUGUGGAUCGUAGCCAGGAUGUCGGAUGCUUUUAUGGUCUAAAGAACAAACUCAUCUUGCGAGACGUCAAUGAAAAAGAUCGGCGAUCAGUGUUGAUACCGUACGGUGAUGCUCAACUGUCGAAGAAAAAACAUCAUACGGUCAUUCGCAUUGAACCACCGGAGGACUCUCGCAAUCGCUAUUUCCAGUAUUUCCUCGAUGGCGAGUUGCAGGAGCUUCGAGGAUCUUCUGAUAUGUUGGGAACACUAUAUCAAGCUUAUAUGCAUGCACUCACCGGCUUUGUUCUUGAAGACCCCGCCACCCACCGAUCGGGAACCGCAGAGGCCCUUCGGAUCUUGCGGCAGGCGAGACUGCGUUCUUCUUUACCCCUUGAGAGGGACUGUAUUGAACUGUUGGGACGCCUUGCAGCAAUGACGCCCCGUCGGAAGUAUUAUCCAUCUCAUCUACGGUGCAUGCAGACGAUUGAGUGGAACAGUGACCUUGGAGAAUUGGCACAGCACGACGACUUUCAGUUCCUUGUUCAGGAGAUCGUCGACCACGCGCAAUUGUUCUCCAUGUUGCACGAUGUCAGCACCGAAGACCUCGAAGCGUAUGUGCGAUGUUACCAGAACCGGGGAGAGCCACAUCUAAUUGCAAGGGCUCGUCUGCGCCAUGCACAGUUCUACCCUGCUGAGUUCGGAGGUAGCACGGUACGCCGCGCACCAAAGCCGUCUCCGUACUCGGCACGCGACCGUGGCAGCGGGAGUGAACGAAGCAACCGCGUUUAUGAGGUCGCCAGUCUAGUUCGCGACUGGCCAACGGGCGUGCCUCAUUGUUCAGAUUUCUAUGCGACUAUUAGCAAUUGGGAGUGCAUACGGCUGGCUAACCUGCGUGUUGACAGCCUUACCUGCAAUGAACUGCUGCAAUUGUCAUUCAGAGACGCAUGGGGUGCUCUGUACGAGCUGUGCCGGUCGCUAAACCGGCGACAGGACUCAUACAACCUCAUGUCUCUUUUCUGCACCAUUGCAUUCCGGGGAGAUGAGCAAUUGUUCAGCUUGCGUCCAUUGCUUGCGGUCGCAUUUUCUGGUCAAUUUGCUGAUCUCGCGGUACCUGGCUUCGGAGGGCAAUCUGUGCUUUACUUGCAGCGGGGGGAAGAGCUCAUCCCAUCUGAAAUAGCAGAUCAGGUUAGCCUCCAUUACACGCCAUUCCGAGACCCACCGCAUCUGUCAGGUCUGUCAGGCGCACGCAAAAGGGAAAUCCGAGAGGAGCGAGAAAGGUAUCUGGGCGAAAAGGAGAAUCAUGUCCGUCAAUGUCGGGAUGUCGUCACCGACCAAUGGCCGUGUGAAAGACCCCAGCUACCGGACAUUCCUCGCCUAGACCGCCAGAACGCCUCAGAGGCCUGUGCCCUGCUGUGUACCCAGUGGUACCAAAACCGCACGUUCCUCCGGUUCUUGCGAGAAGUCCAGGCCCGCUUGGAGGCGCUAGGUACUGAACCCGACGAGCAGAACCGGAGCGUUCCGCCCGCCCCCUCUCCACAGGCCCGUCCCGCAAAGAGAUCUUUCUUCCCCCCUUCACUUCUAGACCUGUUACGGACACGUGAUAUUCCGACAGAAGUCCCACCUUUACCGGUGCCCCUCACAUCCAACAGACUGCGCGUUCCACGGUGCUAUGAUAAUGAUACUACUCCGGAGCUUGAUUCUCUCAUUUCUGAGUUUUGCGGCAACCCUGAUCCGUACCAUCGCGAAUUAGGGGAAGGCCUGCGAGACAGCCUCGAGGCUCUGGAAGCGCGUGAGUGGCCAUGUUCGCCCACCUCGCUGUCUGUGCGGCGGGACGUUCUUGAACGGCACUGCCGUGUUCACACGCGACAGCGAGACGAUCUCUGGGACCGUCUCCAUGAAACGUUAACCGUCGCCAGUGGAUCCGCAGAACGCAUUUCUAGUGCCCUGCUCUGGCCACACAUCAGCGUGCUCUCAAUUUUAUCGCUCCUCGUUGCUGACCAAUGGCGGCACGUUCCAGAUUCGUGGAAAUCUACGUUGCUAGCGUUUGCCCAGAGCGUGACGUCUCUACGCCGAUCCAAGCGUCUGCUAGCUUGUUAUGACCGGUCUGACACCGAUGGCUUCUACAAGGAAGCCGAGACAGCGGGGAGUGAGGGCUGGGAUACCGCGAGGAGCCCAGAAUGGCUUCUACUCGAAAUUGAAAACAAUAUCACUAUCCGCAUCCAACAAGCCGAAGUCGCGCAGCGCAUGAUUUGCCCCGACCAGCCUGGCAAUGCCGUCUCGCAGUUGAAUAUGGGUGAGGGGAAGACUACCGUGAUCACCCCGAUGGUUGCGCUGAAUCUGGCAAAUGGCUCUACAGUGCCGCGAAUCAUUGUCUUGAAGCCCCUUCUUCGACAGAGUCUGACUCUACUCACGCAAGUACUGGGUCGCAUCCUAAACCGUCCGAUCUAUCACGUCCCUUUCUCCAGGGAUACGCCUCUGGACAAGAAGAUGCUAAAGAGUCUGCGAAAGAUGUACGAGCAGUGUCAGAAAUAUCGGGGAGUCUUGAUCGCGCUGCCAGAACAUAUAUUGUCUUUUCGCUUGGUCGGACUAGACCUGAUUGAACGGACACCAAAACUGGCUCAGAAGGUGAUCAACUUGGAAACAUGGCUGCAAGAUAAUUGCCGCAAUCUUAUCGACGAGAGCGAUGAGGUCCUCGACCCGAAGUUCCAAUUAGUGUAUGCCAUUGGGAGCCAGCAGUCCCUGGAUGGGCACAGUGAUCGAUGGCGAAUCGUACAGAGCUUGCUGUCAUUGGUGGAGCAGCAGGCGACCGAACUCCAUAACCAGGAUCCAUCCAGCCUGAGCGUCGAAUACCGUGGUGCCCGGUAUCCAAUCAUCCAUUUUCUGAGGACAGACAGAGCAGACACUUUGAUGAGCAUGGUUCUUUCAGCUAUUGAUAAGCAUGGGCUAACGGGACUACCACUGCACCUUUGGAGCCGACGGAUCCGUCAACGGGCGCUGAACUUUAUUCGUUUUGCUCAUCUGAUGCCGCAGGAGCCUCAAUUUCUCCGAGACGCCUUCGGACAGGGGACUACUCUGCGGAAGCUACUGGUUCUGCGAGGCCUCCUGGCUCAUGGUAUUCUCAUGUUCGCCCUGACUGGAAAGAGGUGGCUCGUGGAUUACGGUCUUCAUCCGAGCCGAUGCAUGAUGGCGGUCCCGUUCCGCGCGAAGGGGAUUCCGUCCGAGCACGCUGAGUUUGGUCACCCGGACGUCGCAAUCAUUCUGACAUGCCUGAGUUACUACUACCAUGGCCUCAGUUCUGAGCAAGUUCGGCACUGCUUUACUCUGCUGGGUAAGGAGAAUGACCCCGAAGCUGAGUACCAGGGCUGGAUCUGUAGAGCUAGAUCCACUCUGACCCCGCAACUCCAAGUGCUCACCGGUGUUAACCUGGAAGAUACCUCGACUUUCAUGGAGGUUCUGUAUCCCCAUCUGCAUUACCAAAAGGGUCUCGUCGACUUUUACCUCUCCAGAGUUGUGUUUCCCAAGGAGGCCAAAGAAUUUCCUCAUAAAUUAUGUACCUCGGCAUGGGAUCUGCCAUCAACGCCCAAUCAGCCACUUACUACGGGUUUUAGCGGGACGAAUGAUAACCGAUUCCUCCUCCCACGGUCUGCGCCGCAGCGGGACCUACCGCAGCUCCUCCACACCAAUGCAUUGGUCCUGAGCCUUUUGCUCCGAGAGGAAAACAGGCGCUGCAUUGUGGCAGAGGAUACGAUGGGCCUUCAACUUCAGGCGGAACAGCUACUCGAUCUCAUCAGCCAGCAACAUCCCCCGAUCAGGGUCAUCAUAGAUGUGGGUGCGCAGAUCCUCGAACUAAGCAAUCAAAGCGUCGCACAUCGAUGGCUUUCCACGACUGCAUCGUCUGAUGUGGAAGCUGCCAUCUUCUUCGAUGAGCGCGAUGAGGUCACUGUCAUCGAUCGCGAGGGUCACUGCGAGAGACUGGUGUCGUCCGCCUUUAAGCAACGAAUGGGAAGCUGUUUAAUUUUUCUCGAUCAGCAGCAUUCGCGCGGUGUGGAUCUCAAGCUUCCUGCAGAUUACCGGGCCGCAGUCAUUCUAGGUCCUCGUUUGCCUAAAGAUAAAGUGGUGCAAGCAUGCAACAGGAUGCGUGGGCUGGGUCAGGGACAAUCUGUGACGUUCGUAAUCCCGCCCGAAGUGAGUCACAGUAUGCCUCCACGCGGCACAUCCACGACGUCACUCGAUGUGAUUCGGUGGGCCCUUACCCAGACAUGCAAUAUCUUCCAGAGCUUGCGUCCGCUCUGGGCACUUCAAGGUCUGCAGUAUCACAGACGCCAGAAAGUAUGGGACAAGCUGCUGCGAGGGGAAAGCCCCCCAGGGGAGGCUGUUCAACAUAUACAGGAGCGGGAGGCUCGGACUUUGUCCCAGCUAUACGCGCCGUGGGACAAGCUAGGAAGUUGGUCUAUCGAUGAAGCAAUGGUGCAGGACAACCCUAUGGCCCAAGGGCUCCUGGAAGUCUGGCGAGGCUCAGGUCAGGGCAUGCAACAACUCGCUCCGUUGCACGAGGAACAAGAGCGACAAAUCAGCCACGAAGUGCAGAGGGAGCAUCAAAUUUGCCGCCCUCUCCAGCUCCCUGCCGUCCCUCAUCACAUCCAUGAUGAUGUUCGUUACUUUGUAACCAAUGGAAAAUUGCCUGAUAGCGGUUAUACUGCGGUGCAGUCCGCAUUUGAGAUUUUUCGGCAUACUUCUGCGGGCCAAUACGGGUUUCCGACUUCGCUAGCGCCACAUCUUUGCGUGACACAGGACUACAGUCGCACUGUCCAACUGAGAGACGAGGACUGCAGUGAUGAAUUUCUCAAGCCUGUUCACUGGGUUCUCGCAAAUACGCACGACCCGAGACUGCUUCUCCUUAGUCAGUACGAAGUCAACGAACUUUUACCAGAUAUUCGGUCUUCGCAAAAAGCCAAGCUACUCAUUUACACCCCGAAGACAACCAGGACCAUGCGAUCUUUUGAGCCUCUGGACUUUCUGAACGUGGGUCUCGGUCACACGAUCCCCCGUCAGCCUCAAACGACCGCUCGAGAUUUGGGUCUUUUCGCCGGAACACUUUACUAUGAAACGUUCUCGAUCUACGAGAGCCUUCGCCAGUUCCUCGGACUAGUGACAGAAAAAUACCGUAACAUUCCUGAAGAUCAAGUGACCAGUGGAGGUUUUGUUAACUCGGCUACGCGACAGGCCCAUAAUUGGCCGGUAGACUCCCCCUUCCAGUCGUGUCCCCUGCAGUUCCUGGGGGCUAUCCUUGACAUACGUUGUAAGAGUCACGGGUACUUACAAACGCAUGCUGGCACAAUCGUGGAAGCAAUGCCACUAACUGCAGCCCAAUUCUAA